ACAUUUCAAAAGCAGUCGAGGUGGAGAAGCUCGCAGCUGAUUGGUAACAGUCACGCAUGCAUUUACGUGGUUAAAAUUUAAGAUACCUCUUGUUAUAAGUCGGCGAUUAUGAUAUUUUAUAUUCGUCCGUCAUAAUCCCAAGGAGACUGGACUGUGAUUAAUUACUAUAUAAAUAAUGGUGUUGAUUAGAGGAAAUUUAAGGCUACCUUUCUAUCUAGCUUUAUGCAUAGUUUUUAUAUUAGAAUGUAUAGUACAAACUCGAGCUGUUUCGGUUAUGAGUAUAGACUUUGGCAGCGAAUGGAUGAAAAUUGCAAUAGUUUCUCCUGGCGUGCCAAUGGAAAUAGCUUUAAAUAAAGAGUCUAAACGAAAGACACCGAUAGCAAUUGCAUUCCGUGAUGAAGAAAGAACAUUUGGCGAGGAUGCAAUGGGAGUUUGUGUCCGUUUUCCUAAAAACUGCUAUGUUUAUCUAUUAGAUCUUCUAGGAAAGAAAGUCGACAAUCCUAUAGUUAAAUUAUUCCAGCAAAGGUUUCCUUAUUAUGACAUAGUGCCAGAUCCUGAUAGGGGGACAGUUGUAUUUCAACAUGACUCAGAAACAACAUUUAGUGUUGAAGAACUAGUAGCAAUGAUGAUUAGCAAAGCACAGGAAAUAGCACAAAAUUCUGCUGGACAGGUAAUUAAUGAAGCUGUUAUUACAGUGCCUGGGUUUUUCAACCAAGCUGAAAGACGUGCAAUGAUCCAGGCAGCAGAAUUAGCCGGUAUUAAAGUUUUACAACUGAUUAAUGAUUACACAGCAGUGGCUUUGAAUUAUGGCAUAUUCAGACGGAAAGAUUUUAAUGAAACAACUCAAUACAUAAUGCUAUACGAUAUGGGCUCUUCAAGUACUUCAGCUACUGUAGUAGGUUAUCAAGUCGUAAAAACAAAAGAAAAAGGAUAUGUCGAAAGCAAUCCUCAACUUACUAUUCUCGGUGUCGGCUAUGACAGAACAUUAGGUGGGCUUGACAUGCAAUUGAGAUUGAGAGACUAUUUGGGCAAGAAAUUCAAUGAAAUGAAAAAGACGAAAAAUGAUGUCUUUAAAAAUCCCCGUUCUCUGGCUAAGCUUUUCAAAGAAGCCGGAAGGCUAAAAAAUGUACUCAGUGCCAACAUGGAACAUUUCGCCCAGGUAGAAGGGUUAUUGGACGAAGUAGAUUUUAAGCUACAGGUGACAAGGGAUGAGUUUGAAAACCUCUGUAAAGAUCUUUUUGACCGGGUUCAGCAGCCGAUCGAGACUGCUUUGAAAACGUCCGGUCUUACAAUGGAUGUUAUAAGUCAAGUAAUCUUAGUCGGAGCCGGAACCCGAGUCCCAGCUGUUCAAGAACGACUUACAGCAUCAGUCGGCAUGGAGCUUGGAAAGAAUCUGAACACGGAUGAAGCUGCUGUUUUUGGAGCCGUGUACAAAGCCGCUGAUCUUUCAGCCGGGUUUAAAGUUAAGAAAUUUGUCACAAGAGAUGCUACAUUAUUUCCAGUUCAGGUUACUUUUGAAAGAGAAGGGGACAGUGGAGCUCCCAAGCAAAUGAAAAGAACAUUAUUCGGAUUAAUGAAUCCUUACCCACAAAAGAAAAUACUUACUUUUAACAAAAAUUUGACUGACUUUGAGUUUCAUGUCGUCUAUGGUGAUAUUGAAUAUCUCGGGGAAAAAGAAAUAAGUACAAUUGGAACGACUCAUUUGAGUAAAGUAUCACUAUCGGGGGUUGCUUCUGCUGUACAGAAGAAUGUUGGUCCCAAUACAGAUGUUAAAGGCAUAAAAGUCCAUUUGAACAUGGAUGAAAGUGGCCUUUUGCAUCUUGUGAAUGUUGAACUUGUCGUUGAAAAAACCAUCCCCGAAGGCGGCACAGAACCUGAAGAGUCACCAUUGUCCAAACUGGGAAGCACAAUAAGCAAACUAUUUACUGGACCGGAAGAAACUUUGAAAGAGAAUAUAGAUAAACCUGAAGAGAAAGAAGAGAGUGGCGAGACUGAGAAAAAAGGGGAAAAGGGACCGGAAAGCAAUAAGACCAAAGAAGAGACUGAAAAAGACGAUAAAAAGGCAAAAGAAGAAGCUAAACCCAAGCCGGUUGUCAUCAGGGAACCAAUUGAAGCAAAGGAGGAACUACUCAUUGUGCCGAGCUUGGAUAAACAGCAAUUAGAACAAUCAAAUUCUAAGAUUGCAGAAUUGAACAAAAAAGAUGAAUCCAAAAGAAAGCAUGAAGGUGCAUUGAAUGCGCUUGAAAGUUUUGUUUUUGAAGCACGGAACAAGUUGUUAACUGAAGAAUACCAACAGGCGUCUACACCUGAGGAAGUCAAAGCCGUUAAUGAUUUGUGUGAAAAAAUGUCCGAGUGGUUGGAUGAAGAAGGUUUCUCAGCAGAUGUUGACACGCUCGAGACAAAAUUGACAGAGCUGAAGAAAGUUACAAAAAAUAUAUGGAGCCGUGUCAAGGAGCAUCAAGAAAGACCCGAGGCGCUAACUGCACUGAAUUCGAUGCUGAAUGUAAGUCAGGGAUUCUUGAUGACGAUAAAAAAUGUCACUUCACAACAGGCAGAUACACCGGAAGGCUCGGUAUUCACACAAGUCGAAAUUGACGGUCUUGAAAAAAUGAUAAAAGAAACAUUGGACUGGAAGGAAAAGGCAGUUCUAGAACAAAAUUCACAGCCACUGUCUGAACAUCCAAAACUUACACUCAAACUUAUUGGUGAAAAGAUGGCACUACUCGAUCAAAUGGUAAAAUACCUCGUAAAUAAGGCAAAAAUAUGGAAAGCAAAACUUCCUGAUGACAAAACAAAGGAAAAAGUGAAUGAGACACAGGGUACGAAUACAACACAGAACACGACAGAGAAGGUAGUCCCAGAGCCUGUAGAAGUUCCUCUAGACGAUAAGCCAGAAAAGUCCGAAGAAGAAUCAUCUAAGCCUACUGAAAAGACUGAUGAAACUGAAAGUGAAAAGAAGAAACAUUCAGAACUGUGAAAAUGUCGAUAAAACUCUCAACAUAACAGCGUAUUAAACUCACUGAUAUUUUAAAAAUUCCAGAAAUAGCCUUUCAAAUUAAUAUGAAUACUAUCUAUCAAGGAACUAUUACGAUGUAAUUUAUUUAAAUUCUCAGGAAGAAGUUUGUUUUUAAAAAAGAACUGGCUACCGAAGAAGUGUAAUUGUUUUUAAGUGCAAUGCAGUGGCUAAAGUUGUUCAUCUGUCUAUUUUCUAUUGAACUAUUUAUUGAACUUUGUCUUGUAUAUAAUAUUUGGGUAUUGUGAUUACUUUAGACGGGAAUCAAGAGUAUUGUGAUGUUAGUUUUUUUUUUUUUUUUUAAUUAAACCGGUUUGAUCAGAAUUGUUCAGUAUUAAAUGAAUAAUCCAAAAUUUCAAAACUA